AUGGAUUCAGUCGAUCCCUACCUUGUUUACAAGAGAAUUCCUUUCAAACUUUUUAGUGUUGAUGUUGACCAAGUCAUAUCAUCAACAGAAACAAUUGGAAUAAGACUCCUGGAACUCACCAGAGGGUGGGGAGAAGGUCAUCCGGGAGCUGAAAUCUACACACCAUCUGGGGACGAGGCAGGAAUGAGAAAAGUGUUUAUCUUUUUAUCAACGCUCCUUCUUCUCCUCUCUCUGAACGGAGUCGGCGGCAACUCAGUGGAUUGCAUUUGGGGUAGUUGGAAUUCAUGUAAUGUUGAAUGUGGAAAUGGCACCAGAACUCGGCAGAUGAGUCAACCAGCUACAAUGAGUGGUCAGAAGUGUACAGGACCAUCGACUGAGAUCUGCAUAGUCACAUCUUGUAUAGCUACCAGUCUAUCUGCUUCUCUUGAAGCAACAGCGACCAUCAGUUCAGAGUAUGAUUCUCGCUUUGUUGCUGCAAAGGCUAUAGAUGGCAAUCCAAAAGAUGUUACUGGACAGAGACUUUUUGGUACUGAUUGUGCCGGUACAAAGAACUCUGAUGAUCCUUGGCUUCGAAUUGACUUGCAAAAGGAAUAUUUUGUGUCACGUGUUAGAAUUGUCCCUAUAGGCGAUAGAGGUGAAAAUUUGUAUGCUCAUGUUGGUAACAGCUUAACAAACUAUGGGAAUGACAACCAUGAGUGUGGAAAGGCUCCAUAUGACGGCCCUUCCGAUAUUGCAACAUGGCGAGAUGUUAACUGCCGUCAACCAGUUUGGGGAAGAUACAUUAAUUUACAGAGAAUAGUCAAGAAUCACAUUCUUCAUGUAUGUGAGGUGGCUUUCAACUAUGAGUUGGAGAUUGCUAUUCUAGACAAUAAUACGCAUAUUGAAGGAACAAGUGUGGCAGUUGAUGAGAAUCAAGCUUACUCUAAUCCUAUUGAUUGUGGUGUCAGUCCUGAUGUGACCAACUUUAAUGCUCUCUUGCAAUGGAAAGACAACACAGCCAAUGAUGUGCCAUCUUCAAGUGUACAGAAUGCUGGUGUAUAUCAGAUGUAUGAGAAUGGUGUGCAGCGGCUCUACAUCAAGUCAGCUAGUGUCUCUGACAGUGGAGUGUAUACAUGUCAAUCUACUGCAACUACUGGCUCUAUAGUGUUAAAGUCAUUUACACUGAAUGUCAAUGUAAAUUGUGUGUGGGGCCAGUGGGGAAGUUGUACAUCAUCAUGUGGUGUUGGAACUCGUACUCGUGCAAAAGCACGUCGUCAGCAGCACAAUGGAAUGGACUGUGUGGGGUUGCCAACUGAGGACUGUGACAGCAACAAACCACCAUGUAUGCCAACAAUUAAUCAUCAGUCACCAGUUUCUGGUGAUGAGUCAGCAUCUUUAGAGUUGACUUGCUCUGCGUCGCAGUAUGUUGGUGUGACUAAUGGUAUGAAAAUCAAAUGGUACAGACAAGAGAGUGGAUCAGAGUCAGCUAUUGCUUCAAGCUCAAACAUACUCAUUUCAACUAAUCAUGAUGGAUCAGGCACCUUUACUGAGACACUUAAGUUUAAGUCUCUAAAACGUUCUGACGCAGGAUCGAUCAAAUGCAGAGCACAGAAUGAUUAUGGUUUUAGUCCUUAUUCUCUAAUUAUAACAUUGAAUGUCAAAUAUGCUCCAGAAUCAGUUAAAAUUGCACUGUCUCAGCCAGUAGGUGUGAAAGGACAAAAUAUAACACUAACUUGUACUGCUGAUGGUAAUCCAACUCCAUCGUUUCAAUGGAUGCAACCACAUGAUUUAACAUCAAUGGGUCAUUCAUUGUCUAUCUCAUCUGUAAAGUUUAAACAUGGUGGCACAUACACAUGUAUUGCCACGAACAAUAUAGAGGCUGGUACUAAAUCUAAUCAGACAUCAGUUGACUUGACAGUUGAAGGUCCUCCACAGAAAUGUAAUGUAGUUUCAACCCAAAGUUAUGAUGGUCAGAGUAUGAAUGUUGCAGUUAGUUGUCCAAAAAAUGGAAAUUCUCCUAUAACUGCAUACUGGAUAGAAUAUCGGUUGAAUGGCAAUGGUAUGACAUGGAAGUCAAGAGAGUUUGAUGCUACUAUUCUUCAACCCUUUGUUAUUGAUGGCCUUGAAUCAUUUGAAUCAUACAAUUUUAGAGCAACAGCUAGGAACAAAUAUGGUUAUGAACACGGGGAGUCAUCAUUUAGUAAUGUUGUUACAAAUACUACCGCUGAAGACUAUCCUGGUCCUCCGAGUAUAGUCAGUUCAUCACAAAAUGCUUCUCGCUGGCUUGUUGUGUCUUGGUCACUACCUGACCAACCAAAAGGUGAUCCCAAAUACUAUUUUGUGUACUAUCAACAAGUUGGUCUUCGUCAAAUGCGAGACAUUACACGAUUGAAUGUAACUGGCACAUUUGUCAAUUUGACCAUGCUCAGUCCAUUUACUUGGUACAGUAUUGAAGUGGCAGCAGUGAAUGUUCGUUCUCAUGAUGGUAAGGUAUUGGAGGGGCAAAGGAGCGUUGCAAGGAACUUCAGCACAGAUGAAGAUGCUCCAGCAACUGAGCCAUAUGAUUUAGUAUUUAGUUCACAUCCACCCAACUCAGUCACUGUCAGCUGGAAGAAACCCAUGACGCCAAAUGGAAUUGUUCGAUAUUACAUUGUCAGAUACAAGCGACAGGAUGGGAAUGGAAAUGAAACAGUUCUUAAUCCUGUGAAAAUGCAAAGCCAGGAAAUUGAGGGUCUGUUACCGUCAAUCAAUUAUGUUGUCAAUGUUCAAGCUUUUACUGUCAAAGUUGGUCCAGCAGCAUUGAUAACUGUUUCAACAAAUGCAAAAACACCAUCUCCUCCUCAGCAUUUGAGAAAAUCAGAAGUGACAGCAACAUCAAUUACUUUGCACUGGGAUCCUCCUACAGAUUCUAAUGGUGUCCUCAAGUUUUACAAGGUUCACAGCAGCUUUAACAAUGAAAAGUCUCAAGCAUCUGGCGAAAUUUCUAUCUCCCUAACAACAUACAAUUUGACAAACCUCAAUCCAAAUACUGAAUACAGUAUAUCUGUGACAGUGACAAAUGAUGCCAACUUGAACCCACGCAGUUCAGACAGUAAUGUGAUCAAAGUGAAAACUCUCCAAGAUGUGCCACGUAAGCCAGUCACACCUACAACUAAUGAUAUUGCAUCAACAACAACUGAAGUAGUUGGGAUGCCUGCCAUUGAUGACUCCAAUGGUCCUAUAAAAUAUGUUGAUAUCAUUGUGCAUAAGGGUGUUGUUGGAUCUUCAGCUCCUCCAUCUUCUGAUAUACCAUCUGGCACUGGGCCUUAUGACAAAAGCAGUACGUGGUAUGUGGCAGCUCGUUAUGAAUACGCUAUGUAUAAGGAGACAGUAGCUGGACACGAGUUUACUGUUGGAAGUGGUUCAGUAGUAACUACAGGGGACAUUGAAUAUCAAAAUGCACCAUUAGAACCUGGAUUGACUUACUUUGUCUUUAUUCGUGCUGUUGGACAUUUGAGUGAUGGGGUAUGUUAAUGGCUGUAUUGUCAUGUGUGUGAAUACAUGGUUUUGAUCAUUUGUAGAAGGAAGUAUCAUCUG